AUGCGAGUUGUUUUGGUCCGCGCGGCCAAUGAGACCGGCAGCCUGGGCCGUGGGAGCCCGAGUGUGGCGCAGGUCCCGGGCGCGCUGCAGUGCGCAGCCGGCGGAGUCAUGGAGCGUGCGGGGGAUCGGGGCGCAGCGGGGCCGGGCCGGGGGUGCGGAGCGCAGCCUCAGCCUCAGCACCAGCACCACUGCAACUGUCAGCACAGGAACCAGGGGCUGCACAGACACUGCUGGCACGGCAGCCAGAACCAGUCCGGAGAAUACCAGGUGAACACUGGUGACUUCCAUCGCCUGCAUCAUGCUGGAUCCAAAAACAGCUUCUGCGAGAGCAACCCUUUCACAGAGAUAGCCAUGACCAGCUGCAAGUAUAAUGGAGGGGUGGUGAGACCCCUCAGUAGCCUUGGCACCUCGCACAGAAACCUCCAUGACCUGGACUCGGAGACACAGCCUCUGCACACCAACUCUGGCUUGGAGGUGGUGGUCUCCAAACCUGACCAGAACAACAUCUCCAACGACAGCUUGGUGAAUGAGGGCAGAAAAUCUCCCAAGAAGUCCCAGAAUAUCGGCCAUAAGCUAGGACACCGGAGAGCCCUGUUUGAGAAAAGGAAGCGGCUCAGUGAUUACGCGCUGAUAUUUGGAAUGUUUGGGAUUGUUGUUAUGGUGACAGAGACAGAGUUGUCAUGGGGAGUUUACACUAAGGCGUCACUUUAUUCCCUCGCACUCAAAUGCCUUAUCAGCCUCUCUACUGUAAUAUUACUGGGUCUCAUUGUUGUCUAUCAUGCUCGUGAGAUUCAGCUCUUCAUGGUGGACAAUGGAGCCGAUGACUGGAGAAUAGCCAUGACGUAUGAAAGAAUAUUCUUCAUCUGCUUGGAGUUGUUGGUGUGUGCGAUUCACCCGAUCCCUGGGCAGUACAUCUUCACAUGGACCGCACGCCUAGCCUUCAGCUACACAACGUCGAUGGCCAACGCAGACGUGGACAUUAUCCUUUCCAUCCCCAUGUUUCUAAGACUUUAUCUCAUUGCCAGAGUGAUGUUGCUUCACAGUAAGCUAUUUACUGACGCCUCAUCCAGAAGUAUUGGAGCGCUCAACAAGAUAAACUUCAACACGCGCUUUGUCAUGAAGACUCUGAUGACGAUAUGCCCAGGGACUGUGCUCCUGGUCUUUAGUAUCUCCUCCUGGAUUAUUGCUGCCUGGACUGUACGCGUGUGUGAAAGAUACCAUGAUAAACAGGAAGUCACCAGCAACUUUUUGGGAGCAAUGUGGCUAAUUUCAAUCACGUUUUUGUCGAUUGGAUACGGAGACAUGGUGCCUCAUACAUACUGUGGGAAAGGAGUCUGUCUCCUGACAGGCAUUAUGGGAGCUGGCUGUACAGCACUUGUGGUCGCAGUGGUCGCACGGAAACUAGAACUCACCAAAGCUGAGAAGCACGUGCACAACUUCAUGAUGGACACGCAGCUAACAAAGCGGGUAAAAAACACGGCUGCCAAUGUACUCAGGGAAACGUGGCUGAUCUACAAACACACCAAACUGGUAAAGAAGAUCGAUCACGCCAAAGUACGCAAACACCAACGGAAGUUUCUACAAGCCAUUCACCAAUUGAGAGGUGUUAAGAUGGAGCAGAGGAAGUUAAAUGACCAAGCGAACACACUGGUGGAUCUAGCCAAGACACAGAACGUGAUGUACGACAUCCUGUCGGAGCUGCAGGAGAAGAAUGAAGACUUGGAGAAACGGAUUGUCACGCUGGAGACCAAACUGGACUCGCUGACUGCCAGCCUGCAGGCUUUGCCCGGACUGAUCACCCAGGCCAUCGGCCAGCAGCAGCGAGACUUCUUUGAGACUCACUCGCACAGGUUCAAACCCGUCACUUAUAGCUCGGAGAGGUCGUGGACGCCCACGCGGCGGCGCCGAUCGCCAUCGACAGCACCACAUACAUCUUCUGACAGCAGCUAGGAGCUCUCAGAAGUAAAUGAUCUGAUCUCACUUGGCCAUUGUGUGGCUUCCAAUGUUAGCUUUUAUCUAUAAAGCCAUCUCUAUUUAUAAGUUUGGUUUUAGGACACCAGAGUGAUGCUGCGGAUUACCAUUAAUAUUUAAAAGGGUAAAGCAGCUCCCAAGGCUUGUGCCAAGGGGUUUGGGCCAGUAUAUAGGUUGAAGCCAUCUCCCUUAAGACCCCUCUUCCUCCUCUCUGACCUUUCCUUCCCCCUCCUACUCACCAACACACAAAGCAGUUUUGUCUCUCCAGCGACAAGCAAUAUAAUCUAUCAGCAAGGUUUUCCUGUGCUGUUCAUCCCAGUGCCAUCGUCCAGCCUUGUGCAAGACCUUCACUUUGAGGACCCUUGACUGUGAAUAAUUGGGAUCGUUUCGACAUGGACUGUUGGAAGAUAGCAUUGCUCUGGCAAGAUCCAGGUUUCCCUUCCGGAAUCUAUCCUAUUUAUAGGGCUCGAUAGGCUUUAGGAAGUACUUAAUUUUGGUGGGUGAUUGUGGCAUGGGCAGUUAGUUUGUGAGUUCAGUGUUGUGUCAGGACAGCUUUGCUUUGUGGACUGUAGUUCCUGCAUCCUGUCAUUGGAUUUCCGUAGUAGAGAAUGGGUAAAUCUCUAUUCCUGAGCAGAGCUGAGCCAGUGCAGUGCAUCUUCGAUCUGCAGAUUGAGUUCAGAAGGACCUUAGCUGAAGAAGGACCUGUGUGUGGAUCUCAGCAGCCCCUAAAGAUUAGCCAAGGCUCCUUCUCUCAAUCAUUGGCUGAGUGCCAGUGGCUGCUGGAUAGCGAAAGGAUGUGAUAUCUCUCAGGCCAAGCCCAAAGAGCCAGUCUAUACUGGAGUUACAACACUGACAGGAACUUCCAUUUAUAUAACAGCUUUAACAUAACAAUAUACACAAAGGUGCUUCACUGGGGCAUUCAAAAACAAUCUUUACAUUGUCUUUACAUAAGCAGAGAUAUCUAGACCAGUGACCAGUAGCUUGAUCAAAGAGGAGAUGAAUUGAACCAAGAGAUUUUGGGUGGAAGUUCCAGAGCUCACGGUCACUAGGGUGGAGAGGGAUGAUCAAGAGGAGCACAAGACUCCAUGGGGGCAUAGGGUGUAUGCAGACUGGAAGUGGCCAUGAAGAUAGAAGCAAAGGGAGACUUUGCACGUAUUUGAAAGCAAGGUUGAAGAUUUUCAGAUUGAGGUGUUGUUAGACUAGAUGGGUGAUGGAUGAACAGGAUCAGCUUGUACUUAGAAAUUGUACUAAAUUAGACUAUUUGGAGAGUUAGCAAGGGCUUGCUCAGAUUUAGUAUAUAGUGUGAAAAUUCUCUUCAGCAGUGUAGUGACUUUCUAUCAUAUCCAUUGAUUUUACAUCAGAGACUGGUUCCUUCUGGCUUUCCAAUUUUCAAUGACUGAUUUCCCUCACUAUGGUCUUGAGAAAGGAGAAACAGGGCAAUAACCUAGUCAAUAGACACAGUCUGGAGCUCACGUAAUUAUUUGGUAAGUACCAAUACUUAUUGUUAAGUGCUGCUGGACUUUGCCCCUUGUUUGAUAUACUUCAAGACCAAAGGAAUGGAAAACACUGAGGUCAUAACAGCAACAGCAAACUCUCAGACAGUUCUGUACUCUCAUGCUGGGAUUGGAGGCUAACCAAGAGUUUGGUAAAGUCAAUGAUCAGAAAGUGGAACAGUUUUAGAAGUGUAAAUGUUGUGUUGGUCAACUCCUGGGAGCAGGAAUAAUAAUGUCAACACAAACAGUGGUUUAUCCCAACUCAGGAGGCUGUGCCCAAAAGGUCUGGGAGGAUGCCAGAAAAAGAAAUGGGUGUUAAAGUAGUACUGGAAUCUAUUUGUUAAAAGAAAACCCGACAUGGGAUUUCCUUGGGUCCAAGGGCUAUGGAACAUUGGUUCAUUUUUACUGUAGCAAACUCUAAAUAUCAGUGACAAAAGAAGAAAAAAGGAAGCAAGCAUCCGUUUGGGACUCACUUUACUGUGAGAACAGCCAAUUCUUCCUCUGUAGCAAUGGUCAUCAGCCUUUCCCUAUCCAAACCUCAGAACUCCUCAGUCAACCCAAUGAAAUGGCUGCCUGCCCACACAAAGUGAGGAAAUGAAAGCUUUGCCGAUUGUUUCUACACCUUUCCCUCUUUGUUCUACCAAAUCAUCAGCUGCUCCCCUUCCAUUCAAUUCAAUCUCACUAUCCUUCCCCUAUCACUGGGACCACUUUAACUACCCAGCAUCUCAGCCUCCCACCCUUUAUCUCCCUUUUCCUCCUCUCCAUCCUAUAUCAGGCUUUAUUCCUCCUCCUUCCUCACCACCCCAAGAUCCCUUUCCCCUGUCACACCAGCUUCUCUUCCUAUUCCUAUUUGCUCCCCUCCCCCAACCCCCACCCUCCUACGCUGGUCGGUGCUGCAGCCUCCAUUGAUACUGGCAUGAAGGUAUUUUGGCCCUGCUGUCAAUCAGUCCAUUGUGACCAAUGAAAACUCAAAUUGGCCUGCAGCUGGGGUCAGAGGUCACCUCCAAUAAAAUAUCAAUGCUCAAUAAAGUCCCAAAUGUCUGACUAACUGGCUCAGUGUGUUUACUGCCUUACCCGACAAUGUGUUUAUUAGAAAAGACCAAAACCUAAUGAUAGUGACUUCCUUUGAGAGGUUUUACCAAAUCAAUUUCUUUCUUAAUAACUGUGUCUUAUUUAAUUUUAAAGCUUAAACUUAAUUUAAGGAGGAAAACUCCCACACAAUGUUCCCAAAAAGAAUCUGUACCUAGAGACACGUAUGUCAUCACAUUAGUGAGGUCAUUUGGAUCAGGUCAAUGACAUCAUCGUGCAAGGAGUAAACUUUUAGCCCUCAUUUCCUUCAGUGAAAGUAAACAGGAAGCCGCAAUCACUUCAUAACUGCCACCUUCAUUUACAUAGUAUUGCAAGGUAUCCCGUGAUGCUUUUUCAAGCAGCAUUCGAUAUUGAGCCACAGCUUAAGACAGGUGACCAAAAGCUUGGACAUAGCGUUAGAUUUUAAGGAGAGGUUUAAAGAACGAAAGGAAAUGUUCAGGACAGGAAUUCCGGAGCUUGGAGCCUUGGCAUCUGAAGAAAUGAGUGCCACUGGUGGGCGGGUGGAAACUGGGAGUUAACAUGCUUGUCAUUUUGGAGGAUGGAAGAGGAGGGUUUGACUACAGGAUUGAAAAGCAGAUGUUGGCAGACAAGGACAAGGUGUGAGUACAGGGGUGGGGAGAACAUGACAAAUGGGUACUUAAGGUGCUGAAAGAAAGGCAAAAUAAAUAGAUACUCAGCAGGCCAGGUAUGGAGGGAGACACAGGGCUGACAUUUUUGAUGGUGACUUUUGAUCAGGACAGCACAAGUUAGGACUUUGGCUACAGGAUUUUGGGGAGUAGGUGGAAGGCAUCUGGUCAGGAGUGUGAUGAAAUAGUCCAGUCUGCCCGGAUGAAGCGAUUCUGGAUGUGUUGUCGAAUGGACUAGUGUUAGGCCAUUGAAAACUGAGUCCAGGCUACGAGUUGCAAAGGCUUUGCCAACUGACAAGCUAAGGCAGGAGCACAGUCGGGCGGCAGUGUAGGGUGGAAGCACGCAGCCACGGUGACGGAGAUGAUACGAGGUCAGCUGUUUAUUUCUUGAGGCCAAGGUUGUCAAGAAUCUGCAGCAAAAAAAAAACAACAUGCAGGAGGAUCUCAAUGGGCCAGGCAGCCUCUGAGGAGGGAAAUUGUCAGGCGAUAUUUCAGCUCGAGACCCUGCAUUUGGAUGAAGGGCAGUCCAGAUGAAGUGUGUCAACCCAAAACAUUAACCGUCCAUUUCUCUCCAUGGGUGUUGCCUGACUCACUGAGUUCCUCCACCAUCUUGUGUUUUUGAUUCAAAUUCCAGCAGUUGCAGUCUCUUCUGCCUCUAUUUUGUUAAGAAUCUGGUUCUAGUAGACAAAGAGGCUGUGGAGAGGAAUGGAGGUACUGGUAGACGAUGGAAUUUGUGGCAGGGUCAUUGUUUUAAACUGUACCAUGGCCCUCAUUGCUAAUUAUAACAAGAGGAAGGUCUUAUUUUGUUGGUCUGAUAAUCCAGAAGAAGUAAAUUCAUCAGUUUGGUAAUUUGAAUUCCCCACUUGAAGGAACCCAGCAAAUAGAAAGCUGGUCUCCAUAAAGGCAGGUAGGAUUUUCCUAAUUAUAACCCACUGGGUUCACCAGGGCCCUCAAGAAAUCUGCCCUCCUAUCCUGCUGACUCCACCCCACACAGUUACCCCUUAUUUGCCCUCUGAAGAGGCCCAGCAAACCAGUCGUGCAAUAAAUGAUUACCUUGACAGUGAUGCACCCAUCCCGAGAAUGAAUAGUUAAAAGAAGGACCACAUUGACGGUCCCCUGAAAAAUGCCAUCCAAAUGCAAAAUCUUCCAAACAAUGUUACGUCCCGCGGUCAGAGUGGCAGGGUAAGCAAAGAAAAGCCACCGUAAUGAACUUGUAAUUAUUGAUUGCUCGGGGGGAUAACUGUCACUGGGCCCUCUGGAGCUUGUGACCAUGAACUGUGUAAAUAAUUGUGAGUUUAUCAUUGAAUGUACAUUUUUUAAAUUCUUUGCUUGUUUUCCUGAGUUUUAACAAUGUUCGAAAUAAAAGAACACGUUUUUUUACCGA